GAGAGAGCAGCUCUGGCUCAGCCACAAACGCCGCGCUGCCAGACGAAGGAGGGAGUCCAGGAAACGCACUCUCAGUCUAAAGCAGCUGUUUCCAGGAGCAUCUCCCGCAGCCUGAGCCGAGCGUUGGAUGUUUGGACCUAACGCGUCUUCACAUGGAGGCAUCUGGAAUGGCUCGCGUGCCAGGAUUUAUUCUCUAACCUGUGGCAGCGUUGGAGGGGAGACUCCGGCUGUGGCAAAAAAAAAAAAAAGAAAACACAACCUCUGCUGUGCUUCUUUUUUUUUUUUUUUUUUUAGCCUGCUGAGCGCGUUCCCGUCUUUUUUUUUUUACCUGUAGCACCACGCUGUGCACCUGUUGUUUUUAGAGAAUGACUGCUGUCAACAGUUUGGACUGUGUGUGAAUACCAGGCAGAGUUUCUGUUUGUUUGUUUGUUUGUUUGUGAGUGUGUGUGUGUGUGUGUGUGUGUGGUGUGUGUGAAUGUGUGAGUGUCAGGAUGAGCGUUCCCAUGUUGAAGAUUGGUGCGGUGCUCAGCACCAUGGCCAUGGUCACUAACUGGAUGUCCCAGACUCUGCCGUCUCUGGUCGGACUCAAUGGAACCAUCAUCUCCUCUGAGGGCACUCAUGAGCGGAUUGUCAGUGGCUUGUACCCGGGCUCGGAGGAAGGCUGGCAGGUGUACAGCACGGCCUCGGACCCCGACGGCCGGUGCGUGUGCACGGUGGUCGCCCCGGCGCGAAACCUCUGCAAGCGGGACCCCCGGAGUCGACAGCUACGCCUGCUGACCGAACAGGUUCAGAACGUGAGCCAGUCCAUGGAGGUGGUGGACCUGCGGACGUCCCGAGACCUGCAGUACGUCCGAGACUCGGAGCCACUGCUGAGAGGGGUGGACGGACGUUUACACACUUACGUGGCCAAUCCGCGCUCCCUGACAGCGAAGGGCCUGCAGGAGUUAAAGGGCCAGAUGUCUCAGCUGCGGCCCCUCCUGUCCGUGGUCGAGCAGUACCGGCUGGACCUGCAGACGCUGGCCGGUUUGCGACUGGAGCUGCUCAACCUGUCCGUCAUCCUGACGGGCAUCCAGGAGGAGAUCGGCGCGUACGACUACGAGGAGCUUCAGCAGAGGGUGUUGCUGCUGGAGACCAGGCUGCACAGCUGCAUGAACAAACUGGGUUGCGGCCGUCUGACCGCAGUUAGCAACCCGAUCACCGUGAGAGCCUCGGGGUCUCGCUUCGGCUCCUGGAUGACUGACGCCAUGAUUCCCAGCUCUGACAGCAGGGUGUGGUCGAUGGAUGGCUACUAUAAGGGCCGGCGUGUGUUGGAGUACAGGACCAUGGGGGACUUCACGAAGGGCCAGAACUUUGUGCAGCAUCUUUUACCCCACCCCUGGGCUGGAACCGGGCACGUGGUUUACAACGGAUCCCUCUAUUACAACAAGCACCAGAGCAACAUCCUGGUCCAGUAUCAUUUCCGCUCCCGCAGUGUGUUGCUGCAGCGCAGUCUGAGUGGCGCAGGGUACAACAACACCUUCCCCUACAGCUGGGGAGGAUCCUCUGACAUCGACCUCAUGGCUGAUGAGAUGGGACUGUGGGCCGUCUACACCUCCAUCCCAAACGCCGGAAACAUAAUGGUGAGUCGUCUGGACCCUCGUUCGCUGGACGUCCUCCAGAGCUGGGACACGGGGUUUCCCAAGCGCAGCGCAGGGGAGGCCUUCAUGAUUUGCGGCACCCUGUACGUCACCAACUCCCACCUGGCCGGGGCCAAGGUCCACUUCGCCUACCACACCAACUCCUCCACGUACGAGUACACCGACAUCCCCUUCCACAACCAGUACUCUCACAUCAGCAUGAUGGACUACAACCCCAGAGAGAGGGCGCUGUACACCUGGAACAACGGUCACCAGGUCCUGUACAACGUAACGCUGUUCCACGUCAUCCGGAGUGACGGGUAGACUGGCACGUAAACGGUAAAAAUAAAAAUAAAAAAAUAAAAUAGAAUAGUGUAGAGGAGAACGAGGUGGGUUUUUAACGAAUGUUGCAACUUACAACACACACACACACAUACAUCAGCAAGAUAGUGAGUUCUGUCUGUAUUUGAAUUUGAGUGACUCUUAGGCUGCGAGAGCUCGCUGAGCCAACAACUAGACACAAUGCACGGUUGUCGAACACCAGUUUAAAGGUCACAGACGGGAGUAUUUAUCACGGCGAAGAUGAGAAAAAGAACUGUCUCUGCUUCAGGGGCGCUGGUGGAAAGGAAGAAAUCAGACGUUGUGAGCUCAUACAUAUUCCGUUAUGUUCCAUUCCACUCGUAUAUCAAGAAGUGACUCUGGAAGUUGAGGUCGACUCGUCAAAAAAAGAGAAAUAAAGAAAAAGACAAAAAGGUCGAGCUAAGGAGAAGAAGAAGGAGAAGAAGAAGAAGAAGAAGACAGCCCUGACUGAGAUAUUCUGGAUUUGUGAUGUGAUCGUGGACGUGUUCAGUCAGCAUGGUUGUUCAUUCAAUAAACUUUGUUGUUAAACUUU